AGUUUCUUGCACCUUGCAUUUCUUGCAGGUCAAAAUAUCUGCAAGAAACCACUUUCUUGACGUUAUUUCGUGUCCCUUGCAUUUCUUGCAGGUAAAAAUUACUGCUAGAAAUUUUCUUGCCGUUGUUUCUUUCACUGAAUUUCGGAAACACUGAAUUUCUCCUUAUUUUAUUAAAUCACCAUCCUUCUCCCCUCGACACGUACCGCCCUAAAUACUUGAUCAUAACCUCGUCUAGGUAGCUCUCCUCUUUUCGUAAUUAUGUUUCAUCCCGAGUCAUUUUCAUUAUUCUCCACAAAAGAAGAAGAAAAACCGUGUUAUUGUUCGGAAGGAAAGGCCAGGAAUCAAAAGUGUGAAAGAUUUAUGCCAGCCGAGAGGAAUAAGUUUGAGGAAAAAUAAUGAAUUGCAUGCCCAUCCAUCCACCAGCCAGGCCAACUUAGGAGAGUCUGAUCCAAAUUCCAGAUUAUUACCGAGGGAAUAUUCUAUAAGCAAUAAAUUAAAGGGUUGAGCAAUACAUUAUACAGCAACAGACUUUCCGCGGAGAUAUCCCUGUCUUGUUUUUGCAGCAGUCUUUCCACUCCUCCUGCUGCUGCUGGGGAAUGAUUCUUCUUCUUCCGUGAAACCAUUACCUUUAAACGCAUUCACAAAUGGCAUUGAUAUAUCUGCUCAAUUAAAUUUCUCUCCACUCCAAUUCCAAUCACGGGUUCGGGAUACACGAAUUUCUAGGGAUUUCUGAUCCUAUAUUUGCAUAUAAUAUAAUAUAUUUCCGGAAUAAAUGAUUUACUCGGGUUUGCUGUUAAUGUCGUGGUUGGAAUGUAGGUACAUAUUUUGGAGAAAGCAGGCCGUGUCAGAAUGUCGGAUAACCGCAUAAUUCUUGAUCUAUGUACAUAUGUAUCUGACAUGCGAGGUUGUCUGUCCCACCUAAAUAAUGGUGGUCAACCAACCAGGUAAAUAUGUGCCCUAAGUGAAAGUGCGUGUGUGUGCGGCGACAGACAAAAAGCAUUCACUCGUCGUCGCAACUUUAUCCGUUAAUGGAACUUUUCACAGGGCACGUUUUCCUUCUUCCGUGGCUGGGAUGGAAAUCCAUCUCUUUUACUUUUGGAUGGGUGAUUAUUCGUUCACUUGUCUGCGUAGAUUGAAAUUCUCUCCUCCCCGAUUUCGGAGCUAAUUUGAAUCGUUGGAAUAAAAGUGUCAGAGCCGAACGCUAAAAGAUGGAGAUGAUGCUUCUGCUCUCCGGUCGGCUGAUUUUUACGAUGAUCUUCUUCUUCACCGCGGCUGGUGGGGAGAGUGGGCAUUCCUCAUUAGUGUCUUCCUCCUUGGAUGCGUCCGCGACAGCUGAAGCCAGAGGCGGUGAAAGAUGUCAAUUGCCCGGACGCUGGGAAGGAAACUGGUUCCAGUCCGGAGUUCAUCAAACCAUUUCAAUCAACUCGAGUUUUAUCAACAUCAAAGGAAAAUGUUUGGAGAAUGACGGGGACAAAUUUUUAUUCUACAACGAAAAGGAGAACUGUUAUCGCUGCACAGUUUUCCACGAGAAGGAUAGAAAUAUACUGCAAUACAAAGAAACGUUUUGCAUAAAAGAUCGGAGAUCAUUAAAGAACGUUUGCUCAACUAUAACGGGUGAUGCUAACCUUUUCUCAUUGUUUCGACUGAAUGGGCAGCCUAUUGAGUGCCCUUUUAAGGGACCAUUCACCUUCACGUAUAAUCGUGGCCAGGGCGAUUGUAGCUACCCGGUUUCCACCAUCGAGUCCUGCAUCCAACCUUCCAGGCAACUCCUCAACUACGAGUCCUGUCCGGACGUUAAGGGAACCGAGUCCACAGUUGAAGAGUUGACGUGUCUGGGUACCUGGAAAGAGGGCAGUUCUCGCUAUCUCUUAGGGCUUAUUCGCUACCAGCAUCACGCCUCGUACGAAGAGCGUUUCAGGUGCUUUGUAUACGAGAAGAGCAAAAAAGGUGGGAUUUUCUCCUCCCCCACGAUCCAAGUUGUUCAGGGCAGUUUGAGCAAUAGUUCCGCCGCAGCGGCACUGACCUCAUCGACCCGCGUGGCACCUCAAGGUCAAGGAUCCGGUGGGUCGUCGGACAUCCUGUUUCGCGUGGCGCAGAGUGGCGAUGCAACUUGCAACGGUCUCACUCCAAUGGACGGAUCGAGAACAUUGAUUCUCAAGAAGGCCCCACCACUGCCCAAGUGUCAGUUCCCCUCGUGGGUGCAAGUUCACCAGUGGCACACCCUCGACCAGAGAUCAACCUUCAACUUCGACUCGAGUGUGCUCAAAGUGAGCAACUCGUCGGACGCGGCGGGGAUGGGGCCUUCCACACUGACCAUGACCGCAGUCUGUCAUCACAUUACGGAUAACCCCACGCUGGACAGGGUCGUCCUCGCGUUGCAUGUCACGUCCGAGUGCCAGAGUGGAUACAUGUGCACCGCGAUUUACAGACGUGAUGGUCACAUCGUGGAAAUGCAGAUGGGGAGUAUCGCCCGUCGUCCUGACGAUGCUUGUCACAUCUCCUCCUUCAACCAUGGCCAGCUGCCUUAUGUCACCCUCGUCUCAAGCACACCGGAAACAAGGCAAUGUCCGAAUUUGGGACAAUUCGCUGUCACGGGGUUGGUCCGAGACGGGCGGGAGGUGAAGGAUCAGUGCGGGUCGGAGGGCUUCACCACGUUGCGAAUCGGCUGCUCUACUUUGGACACGUUGCAGUUCAGGUCGGGAUGUUCGAACGCGGAUGUCAUUGCGGGUCUGUUUCGUGCCGAGUAUGCCUGUCACGGGUGGUGGGAGGAGAUGGGGGUGAGCUACCUGAUAACGACGCCACUCUCCCGCGCCUCCACGGGGGCCCGGCGCUACUGCUUCGUCUUCCGCGAAACGUUAGAGCCGCAGCAGAACAGGCUCACGUUAACGAAGCCUCGAACCUCUGGGGGUGGUGAUGAUCCGUCCUCUGGUGGUGGUGGUGGCAGCGAUGGUGAAGAUUCUGCCCCAGAAUUCAAAAGGAUUCUCCACUUUUCGAGCAUUGCAGACUCCUGCAGACGCAACGUAGCCCCUGGGAUUGAGGGCGCGCUGGCUUUCAACGUUACAAGUCAUGGGAGAUGUGAAGAUAUCAGCUCGGCCAUUAGUGGUCUAUCAUAUCCGCAUCCCUGCUGCGUCCUCUUCCUCUCCUUUGUUUCCCUCCUCCUUUCUUCCUAUCUCAACUUGUCAUCACAUCAAAACACCCAAUCAACCAAGUUCCCAACAAGGAGUUAAGUCAACAAAGUAUUUACUUACAGUGUAAACCAAGAAGACAAAGACCAACAACAAGAACAAGACGACUAACUUGAUAAGUUUGGUUUGUUGUUUGGGGGAGAAGUAAUCAUGUCCUGAUCAAUUGUUCUUCAAAAUGUUCUUAACCACGAGAUUUGGAAGGAACUUAUGCUCCACUUCACACAUUUACGUAAUCUGAAUUUGUAUUUUAGGUAAUUAGAUACAUGUUUUAUGUACUUAUUUCUUAUCAAUCGUCACCGUCGUCGUCUUCCCUUCUGUCUGUCUUACAGUCUUACCCCCUAAAAAAUGCUCCUUCUUAACCCAACCACCAGCUUUAAUUUUUUCACCAUCUCUGUGAUAAUGUCAACAAACUGUGAUGUUUACUUAUUAUUUGUGUAAGUGCACAUGUAUGUAAUUACCGUACGUGUCUAGUGAGUAGACUUGUAAGUACCCCUGUCAUCCUGUUUAAAAAAAAACAGCGAGGAGGAGGAAAAACUGAAUGUGCUCCAACUUGUUUAAUAGCAAAAAUGCGGUAGUGUUAAUAUUAACACGGCUGCCACCACAUCAAAUCAAAUCAAACCACUAAAUGCAUGCAUAAAUAUGUACUUUCGAUGAUGACGAGGGAAACUUUGUCCACGAAAAAAAAUCAUAACACAGUAAGAAAAAACAGAUUCGAAUUUAACUAAUAAAUAAUUGGAUCAUUAAUAAAUAAAUAAAUAAGAAUCAGGGGAAAGAGUCGGCUCGGAAAAGUAAUUAAAAAAGAUAUGCAGAGAGGCAAUCAAUAAUCUAUGGUAUAGAUUCCAUACUAUAAUUACAUACACAAUUAAUUUAAAUAGAUACAUAAAUAUGUACGAGGACUUAUGUAUGGAAUCUUAGGAAAGUAUGGAAUAAAUUUCCGUAAACAUAUCCAAACGGUUUUUUAGGGUGGGAGAGAAAGUACGAAUAUUUAGUAAUUUACAAAUAACGUAUGUAUGAAUGUUAUUAAUGUGAUAAGGAGAAAGUUUUAAGUUUUUAAUAAAAUAAUUUAGACACUAGCAAGAGAACAAAGUAGAAGGGAGGAUUUGCAACUUUGGUAAAUAUUAUUAUUAGAAUUUAUGUCUAUCUAUCUAAUAAGAAGUAAGUGAGGGGAAGAGAAAGUUUGGUGGAUAAAUACAUGGUAUUUAUUAAUAUUGUGUCCUUCUUGCUUUAUUAACAAUUAGGUUACAUUGUGUAUGCAGUAAUAAUACGCGGAUGUAUUUAUCAUUAUGUCCGAAUUUGUGUAAGCCGAACAAGAUUUUAAUAAAGUGAAAGUUAUGAAAAUGAUG